UGAACAACCAGUGAACAACGAAAUCUUCCGAAAACUUUAUAUUUUCAACGUUUAACGCCUUUGUUACAGCAAUAAUGUGGCAUAAAGCUCCAAAGUACCACAAACUCCCCAAGAGGAAGAUGACAAGACGAUCUUCUCACCUCACUACUCGUGUUUUCUCGUUCAUUUUCUCUUGUUUUGGUGCUGGAAGCUCUUGGAAAAGACUUUGAGUGGUGCCGAGAUGAGACAUUUGCCCAUUCUUCUCUUACUUGUAGUGGUACAAGCUAUUUUCACCAGCAGUUUCUUUGCUGAGAAAUGCAAUGAUUAUUGUGGGUUAAACAGCAGCAAAUGUUUGUCUAAUGGCCGAUGUCUGUGUGAGUUUGGUUGGACUGGUCCUAAUGCUGCUUACAUCACCUCUGGCCCAAGAGAAGGAAUGAUUGUAGCUGAUUUCUGCAUGAUUAGCUGUCAGUAUAACCUUCUCUUCCAUAAUCCAGAUUGUGUCAGCACCAGAACCACCAUCAAUCCACCCAUUACGCAUCCUGCUGUCAACGUUGAAUCCUGCACAAAAAGUUGUGGGAAAUUUGAAUCUGCAGGUCGCUGCUUAAGCAAUGAAAAGUGUCUGUGUUGGUGGGGAUGGACAGGGAAUAAUGCCAUGUACGUCAACGAUGGACCUUACAAGAACAGGAUUGUGGCAGAUGAUUGUAUGAUAAGUUGCCAUUACACUCAUAAUUAUCGCAAUCCAGACUGCAUCAGGGACAACCAAGUCAUAGAUGAUACAACACCGACAGAAGAAACGAAUCCACAUCCGUCCAUAACACCUUCCCAAUUGAGUAACACCAAUUCCACGUCAGACAUCAUCACCAAUACGACACUCAGUCCCUCCACUCCUGGUUUUAAUUCCACCAAUAGUCCUCGGGCAGCUUGCGAUCCAAAAUGUGAAAAAUUUGGCCAAGGGAAGUGUCAGAGUGAUGGCAGUUGUCUGUGUUGGUGGGGUUGGACUGGACCUAAUGCAACUUACAUCACUACUGGCAACUUGACAAACAGAAUUAAGGCCAAGUACUGCACAGAGCCUUGUCAUUACACUCAUGAUUACAUUAAUGCGUCAUGUGCUACUAUACCCACUCCCAAGACAUGUGAUAUUCCAUCCAACUCUACACCACAACUACCAUGCCUACCAAGAUGUGGUCAAGGUGUGUUUCAUGGUGAAUGCCUGCGCAAUGGCCGUUGCCUGUGUUGGUGGGGAUGGACUGGCCCCCAUUCUUGUUUUGUAGAUGGGGGAGACUACAACAAUAGAAUCAUUGCUGAUUAUUGUGAGGAACCUUGUCACUAUACACAUGACUACAGGAAUGAGUCUUGUGUCAAGAAUGAAGAUACCCCUUCAACAAUCCAAGGGUCACCAGCUUCAUUGAUUCCUACUGCUACUUCUACUAUGGAACAAAACACGAGUGUGAGCAGCAGUUCUGAUGUGCCAAGCUCAGCUGUUACAGAAUCCACCUUUACCACAGAACAAGCUAACACAAUAGAACAAUCCACUAUGACAGGAGAUACCACAGCUAUGCAUGAAAUCUAUACCACAGUUGAACUAACUACCCCACAGAUAUCUACCACAGAACCGCACCCUGUGACAACAGAUGAAUAUACAACAGUGGAAUCUAUGGCAACAGAACAGCUUACUACAACAGAGCACCCUACGACAACAGAACAACACCCUACAACAACAGAACAGAUUACUACAACAGAGCACCCUACAACAACAGAACAACACCCUACAAAAACAGAACAGAUUACUACAACAGAGCAACCUAAAACAACAGAGCAACAGCCUACAAUAACAGAACAUCUUACUACAUCAGAGCAUCCUACAACAACAGAAGAGCACCCUACCACUGGGUUUACAGAGCCCACUGAGUGGAAAGAACCACUUGAACCAACUGAGGAAACAGAUGUGAUUGAUCCUAUGUUGGUGAUUGAGCCGUCAGAGUCAACAGAAGCUGCAAGACCAACUGAGGCAUCAAAACUCACAGAAGCAACAGAGUCGACUGAGGAUACAGUUGUGAUUGAUCCUAUGUUGGUGAUUGAGCCAUCAGAGUCAACAGAAGCUACAAGACCAACUGAGGCAUCAAAACUCACAGAGGCAACAGAGUCGACUGAGGAUACAGAUGUGAUUGAUCCUAUGUUGGUGAUUGAGCCGUCAGAGUCUAUAGAAGCUAAAAGACCUGAGGCAUCAAAACUCACAGAGGCAACAGAACCAACUGAGGAUACAGAACCAACAGAGGAUACAGAACCAACAGAGCAACUUAAAUCAGCUGAAGCAGUGCAGCUUAACAAGCACAUGGAACUCAAUCAUGGACUGGAGAAAUUAAGCCAAGAUGCACAAGAUCCUGCAGCAUCAAAGGUAAGCAUCAUUAAAGUAACUCACUUAUUACAUCAGGCCUACUACAUAAUAAUAAUAAUAAUAACUUUAUGUAACCGGCGGCAAGGCGCUCAGCUAUGAAUCAGAUUGCAAGUGGU